AUGAAAGUUUCGACAAAGCUCUGUUAUGCGGUAUGCACCUGUGCACCCCUGUUGACACGGGCUUGGAUUGGCAACAAGAUGCAUUUCUCGGGGGUUCCUGGAACGAACACCUACGGCUUAAGUACUCCAACAUCGCUUUUUUCUCUGGCGACGCCGCCUCAAAGUUCUGGGAAGAGCAGCAGUGCAGCGCAAAAAUCCCAACAGCAUGAACAAAUAGAGAUGGGACGUGUCUUGGAAGGAGGACAGGUGAUUGACUUUUCCUCCGUCAAGGCCUCAUCCCACGCCGAACAUGCUUUAGCGCAAGCCCGACAUCACUUGCUGCAAAAAUCUCCCUCACCAACCUGGGAUGGGCGUACUAUUUUAGGGAUUAACGACGAUGUGAUUGCCGAAGUCGGGCACGAUUUGGGUACUUUUUGCACUUCGGCACAAGUGCAAGAAGUCGCAGCCUACUUGCGUUCGCAAGCACCGGCCGGGCUCUUCGAACCCUUGCCCAAACAUCUACAACCUCAAACUGACAACGCUCCUUCCCUGGAUUCCUCUCUGGUUAGUUCGAACGAUAGUGCAGAAACUUUAAAGUAUCGCGAAAUCAUGGCCCAGGCAUAUUUUGAAUCCGGUGAAGUCACGAGCGCGUUUGCCAAAACUUUUUACAUGGGCACCAUGUUGCUGGACGAACCAGCCCGCGAAGCCAUUUGGGCCGUCUAUGUUUGGUGUCGACGAACGGAUGAAAUUGUUGAUGCUCCGCGUGAUGAUGGAGACGACAUGCUGGAAGACCUGUCGUCGUGGGAAUUGCGAUUGGAGCGUUUGUGGCAAUACGGACAAGUACAGGAUGUCUUUGACCUGUGCUUGCUAGAUCUUCGAAUCCAGUAUCCCACCUUGGACAUUACGCCAUUUAUGGACAUGAUCCGCGGUAUGCUGAUGGAUGUUCCCGAGCUGGGUGUGGACCGGUACGAGGCGUUUGAUGAGCUGCACUUGUAUUGCUACCGCGUUGCAGGCACAGUAGGAUUGAUGAGUCUACCUGUUUUUGGAUGUGCUGACGGAUUCAACGAUGAAGUGGCAAGAGAACCAGCACUGUCACUGGGCGUGGCGUUCCAAUUGACGAACAUUCUGCGCGACGUAGGCGAAGAUGCUAGUGAACGAGGGCGCGUGUAUUUGCCGCAGGAAGACCUUCGUCGCUUCGGCGUUACAGAGGAGCAGAUUUUUGCCCAAAAAGUGGACGAAAACUAUAUCAACAUGAUGAAAUUCCAAAUCGCCCGUGCCCGCAUGUAUUACGAACGGGCACGAAGAGGUGUAUUCAUGCUGGCCCCGGAAUCGCGUCUGCCCGUUCAAUCGUCUUUGGAUGCUUACGGUCGUAUUCUCGACAAAAUUGAAGCCAACGGAUACGACUCGUUGACUAAGCGCGCGUAUGUGGAUAAGUGGGAAAAGCUGUCCAUAAUACCGUUUUCUUGGUACCGGACGCAAGACAUUUCUCAAUGGCUGCCACUUCCCGGCGAUCGCCCGGUCCAAUUGGAUCAAGUAUGAAAAAUGUGUCCAAAACUAGAAUUUGUUUGAUAAUUCCUCUCGCCCAGCGAUUUAGCGUUGUUUAUUUGCAACCACGAAAUAUCCACACCAGAACAGCAUUUACUUCUACAACUUGACUGUCGUCACGUUAAGACAAUUAUUCUGAACUUAAGGUAUAAUGUUCAAUAUUACAAUUC